UGUACAGGAGUACGAAAUCGAGUCCAAAAAUCCCCAGCAAACCCUCACUGCAGAACUUUUGUCCUUCUUGGGUCAUGAUAAGCCGCACACGCUCCUGAUCAUCUAUUACGGCGGCCACGGCCUCAACAACAAGGACAAAGAUUGCAUUUGGUUGCGCGUCCUUUAUAACGAUGCCGAAAAUCAAUUGGAGCGCCCUUCAGUCGCUGUUUCUCGAUGAUUGCCACUCCCAUGUCCUGUUCCUUCUGGAUUGUUGCUUCGCUGCUUCGUCAGUCCUGUCCACUGACGGGGCCAGCACAGUGGAGGCAAUCGUCGCCUCGGGUUUUGAGAGCGUGGCUCCCCUCCGAGAAAAGGACAGUUUCACCACCUUCCUUACGGCUGCGCUCAAAGAAAGUCGAAACGAGGAGCAGCCCGUCUUUGUUGGCCGACUCUGUUCCCGGAUAUCCGCGAAGCUCAAUCGGACAGAAAGGAUAUCAGAACGCGAAGGUGGGCGACGAGUAACACCUUUCCACAUUGACUUCGCGAAUACACCGGAACGUAUUGUUAUAGGUACCCUGCCGGAUGGAGCAGAAACACCCGCGUCUACUGAGGAGAAACAUCAGCUCGCGACGCCGUUAAGGACUGUGCUGGAAGAAGCUCCCGAGUCUCAAUACCAGCCAAACCCCGAAAAGGCGAAACUCCACACCAACACUCUCCCGGACCUCAGUGCCAAACAUCACGCAAAACCGACGUCUGAUCCCCCAAUCAAAGCUAAUGCUCCUUCGACAUCCAUUUUCCCUUCGAGACUUGUCCAGCACGCCAGCCAGCACACGAGUCAGCAUGUGGCCCAGGCUGCCAGUCGACUCAAUAGGGGAGGUGAGGUCCGGAUCACGCAAGAGGUCGUCACGGCUGUGGCGGGGAAUCAAGAGUGCGGGAGAGAGAUCAUUGCUAUACUCCUAGAGCAGCGGGGAGACGAGUUCAAGAUCACGCAAGAGGUCGUCACGGCUGCGGCGGGGAACCAAGGGUGCGGAAGAGCGAUCAUUGCUAUACUCCUAGAGCAGCGGGGAGACGAGUUCAAGAUCACGCAAGAGGUCGUCACGGCUGCGGCGGGGAACCAAGGGUGCGGAAGAGCGAUCAUUGCUAUACUCCUAGAGCAGCGGGGAGACGAGUUCAAGAUCACGCAAGAGGUCGUCACGGCUGCGGCGGGGAACCAAGGGUGCGGAAGAGCGAUCAUGGCUAUACUCCUAAAGGGAGGUUUGCGGUUCCGCAAGAAUCGGGUCAGUCUCUGUCGUUGACUUUUCAGCACUUUAUGACAAGCUUGUCCCGAAGAUGGUCGUUUACUUGGGAAGCCUUGUCGGAAAGGCCAAAGAGGCACCCGGGUCGACAGCAGAGAAUGAUCCCUUCAUCUUCAUCGAUGGAA